GUCUUGAUGUUUUUGGUCUUUUGGCCCCAAGAGGAAAACCUUGUCUGUGUCUCCUGGACCAUGAAGUACAAAUAUUAUCUUAUAAGUUAUAGCUGUUCUUAUCAGUUUAAUAUCUGAUCCCCUGCUGGAGGGAAGCUGGCUGCAGAUGGGAUUGCUUGCUGACACCCGCUCUCCGCUGGAGGGGGCAGGCUGCAGCCAGCAGCUAAGUCCCUUGCUCCGGGGAGGCAGCGAGCUGCAGGAGCCUGCCGGGUUUUUAAGACCCUUUCCAAUUCACAGUAACCCACCCCCAACCAGAAUAGUGAUUCCUGGCCAGAGUCCUUCCUUGCAGACCAACAAGCCUGGCUGCUUUUUAUUCCCCUGCCCUGUGCAAUGGCUAAGACAACAGGGGCUGUGCAGUGACCCUGGAGCAGAGCCGCUUCCCCUGCCAGUUGCCAGUUGUUGUUGCCAUGGGGGGAGUGCCGGGGCGUGCGAGCAGCACCGCAAAACCCCGCCUGGCUUAGCUGUGGCACGGGAGGAGAUGCCGCAGAGCUACGGAUCCGGAGAGCGGAAUCCACCUUCAAAUCCGAAUCGAGUUGUAGUGACCGGAGAGGGUGCACAAUGCAAAGCCGCGGGGGGGGGGGAGGCUUUUUAAUCCCAAAAGCAGCUCUGGCCCCUGCUUUUGGAGACUGAGCUGAAUAUCUGGUUCUGUGAUAAGGGGCCCCUACCUCCUGCGGCGUGUGGGUGGGGAACUGGCCCUACCCAGGAGUGUUUCAGAGUCCCUCCCCCUCCUGAGGCGUCUCCAUGGAAACUGCAAACUUUACCCAGGGAGGGUAGACGCUUCACCCUGGCCAGGACUUGCUUUGUCAUAGUUCUUCCUGCAAAAUGCAAUGGGAAAUGUCUCCAGCUGCCCUCGCAGCAUCUAUCCUGCCUGCCUGCAAAAGCCUCCCACCCAUUACUUCACCACAGAUCACUCCCAUGCCAGCCUCUUGCGACAGAGACUGAGUCUGCUGGGUAGUUUUGUCUGCACAACCAGCAAUGAAACACACGCCCACAGCCUAUCACCCUGCAGCCAAGCUCUGUCUCCUCCUGGACACUGCCUAAGAAUGAGAGUAGAGGCCACUGCAGCAGCCAGGAGGGAAGCUGUCCCGUGCCGGCCUCACUUCCCACAUGGCUACAUUGUUACCCUUUUAGCCCCACCCUAGCCUCCCAGCCGGGUUAUCUGAUUGGCCCCCAGGAGCUUCCCCUGGAGGCAGAGGGGACUUGGUCACAGGUUAAGAAGUUUCACAGAAGAGGAGGAAGGAAGUUGUUGAGUGUGGCAGGCGACAACUGCAGCAGCAGGUCUGGAACCAGCUCUCUCCUGACGGUCCACUGGGGCUUGCCAUGCAGGAUCAUCAGCACCAAGAGGAGGGAGAGGAGAAGGAGGAGCCUGGCCCUGAAAGCGCCUUUGAGAAGAGCCCCUUCCAGCUGACAGCAGAGGAUGUCUAUGACAUUUCCUACCUAGUGGGCAGGGAGAUCCUGAAAAUAAGCAGCGAGCCCCAGGGGGAGGUGCCCACCAGGGCUGCCCAGUUGCAGUUCAAGAUCGUAAGGAUUCUGGAAAUGCUGGAAGCUUUGGUGAAUGAGAGUAACCUGACAGUGGAGGAGCUGAAGAUGGAAAGAGACAAUCUCAAAAAGGAGGUGGAGGGACUCAGAAAGGAGCGUCCCCCAGGGAAUGCAGAGCAGCUGAGCCUUGGACCAGACAAAAUGAUAAUAGAUCUCACAGAUCCAAAUCGUCCACGGUUCACGUUGCAGGAGUUGAGAGAUGUGCUGCAGGAACGUAACCAUCUGAAAGCACAACUCCUUAUUGCACAAGAGGAGCUACAGUGCUAUAAGAGUGGCAUCAUUUCACAGAGGGAGGACCAGGCUGGGCCAAUGGAAAAGGAAUCCACUGUCUGCAGUUCUGGCUCAAGCAAAUCUAACGAAGAGAAAACAAUCAUAAAGCGUCUGUUCUCUUUUAAAUAUGGAAAACGAAUAUGAAUGAGAAUUUAGCCACUUCUGCUCCAGAAGUUGCAGCAUAUAAAGAAGCAUUUGAAGGAAAAGCAUCAGUUUCACUGUACAGAACAGGCCACAUCUCAAGAACAUGUAUUUGUAUAAUACUUCCAGAUUUUGCUUUUUUUAAAUAACAUUUCUUACAGUGUUUGUAUUAAGGAAUAAAUGUUUUCUCCUCUUGUAAAGGAUGGCAGACUUCCCCUAGACAUAUCCAGGCAGAUGGGGUAUGGAAUAAAACUUUUAAUAUGCGAUAUUCAGUCUUUCGAAGAACCAUACCAAGACAGCCUACGGAAGAAAGAAUAUUAGUUUUUCCACUCACAUCUCACUGCUUGGGCUAGGGGAUUCUCAAAGGCUAGAAUGAUCUUGCUGACAUUUUGCUAGAGUUACACUAUCUACAAAAAAAGUGUUCAUAAAACUAAUUACCAAGACAGAAAAAUACAUUUGCAUUUAAAUUUAAAGUGAGUUUUGUUGUGCAGUGAUUGACACCAGAAAUAUCCAUAUCUUAAAGCAACCUAGAAGCUGAAGCAAACUGGAAGUUGCCCAGGUGGUGGCUGUCUUGUGGUUUGUAUUAAAUUAGUUUGAUGUCCUCUGUUCAGCAGCCUAAUGCCUACCAUCGAGACUACUAUAACUGGGAGUAACUGACGCCUUUAGUGGUAGACUCACAAGCCAGGAAUUGGCUAGACCAUGGAUAUAGAACAGUCAUGGCUAGGGGUGAUCCUUCAGGUCAAAAGUAAAGCAAGUUGUAGCAGACUAUUAACACUGUUACUACAUAUGUUCAUCCUGCUCAGUGGACAUAUAGGACUUCAGUUAGUACUGGAACCUUUCAAAGGCAAUAAAUAUAUUCUUGAGCUAUAGCACAUUCAACACUGACUCCUCAUAGGUACUGAAUGGGAAUGAAAACACUAAAAAUUGAGAGAAUUCUAGUUUUGGGAAAAUCAUUGAUUUAAAAAAGCAGACACUAAAUGAGCUGCAUAUACAGAACAGAGAAGGGAAUUAACUUUCCUAUCUAGCUGCAAUCCACUACUAAAUGCAUUUAGGUCAAACAGAUGGAAGGUAGGUGUGUAGGGGAGAUAAUUAGUAUCUCUGAGGUUUGUACUAACAUCUACAUCUAGAAAGACAACAGCUAUUUUAACAGCAUUAGAUAUGAGGCUGAUUAGACAUGUAAAUAG